GACGCCAAUUUGUAUCGAACGUUGUCAUGACCGCGCAAAACGAUUGCAUCGCUAAUGCUGGCAAGACAGCUGCCAUUUCGGGUGGCCUCGGAUUGGUAGUCUCGGCCAUGCAAAAUACCGUGCAGAAACAUACUGAAGGUGCCAAGGGCGUUGUCACCAGAACCGGUGGCACCAUCGCUUUCUUCGCCGCAAUGGGUGGUAUUUUCACUGUGACUGAAUGCCUCGCCAAAGAUAUCCGGGGUGAAGACGAUCCUGUCAAUGCUGCCAUCGGUGGUUGUGCUGCCGGUUUAUUAGCUGGAGUCCGAACUCACUCGGUCGCUAAAAUGUGUGCUGCUUGUGCUGGUAUUGGCAGCACCAUGUUUGCCUAUGAAUAUUCUGGUACACUCAAGGGCACGAUGGCUGAUAAGACAGCAGCGGAGAAGAAGGAAUUCCGCGACUCAUUUUUCAAGAGCUACAAGAAACCCGAAGAGGUGUCCUCUUAGAUAUUUAAUUUCCACGCCACUUAAUUUAGAUUCAUGUGUAAAAUGCCACCAACAAAGAGAGCCAUAAAAAGACGA